UUUCCACACGAACAUACUACCGCAUCGGGCCACACGUGUUGACAGGCGGAGCAAUUCCGGUGGAGCGUAUUUUAACAAUAUUGUGAUCAUGUCUUUAACGGAGGUCGUAUUAGGUUUCCUGGACGACGCAGAGCCUUGGAGGCUUCGCUCGCCGCAGUUCCCCAGCAAAGUCGGUGGCAAACCGGCCUGGCUUUGCCAGCGAGGCCCGCCGUCGCUGUCCCGGCUGGAGUGCGAAACAUGCCGCCUUCCGAUGGCGUUUCUGCUUCAGGUGUACGCACCCAUCCCCGGCCAGGACAGAAGUUUCCACAGAACACUAUUUGUGUUUUGUUGUAAAUCUCCAGAGUGCUACACUCGAAAUGACAGUCGUUGUGUGAAAGUCUUCAGAAGUCAGUUACCUCGGAAGAAUGACUUCUAUUCCUACGAACCACCUCAAGAGACCGAACCCCUGAGCGAUUUGGAUCAAGACCAGACCACUCUCCCCGUGUCUGGAGUCAAAUUGUGUUGGGUUUGCGGCUGCCCCGGCAACAAAGCCUGUUCUCGCUGCCACUCAGUCACGUACUGCGGGAAGCACCAUCAGACGCUUCACUGGAAACACUCGCACAAGAAGACGUGUGGCAGCAGUAAAGACACGGCUGCCUCCCCAUUUCUCUUUGUGGAGUUUGAGCUUUUAACUGAGACAGAGGAAGAAGUGGAGAGUGGCAAAGGGGAUGAUGAGGCGGCCGUCGCUCAUACUGAUGCAGACUGUCCCACUUUAGCAGAAAUGCUUGCAGAAACAGACCUGGAAGAGAUGGCCAUGCACGAGACUGAGGACAACAAAGUGUUCCAGCGCUUUAAAAAGAAGAUUGCACCUGAGCCACAGCAGGUGUUGCGCUACAGUCGGGGCGGCUCUCCCUUGUGGGUGUCCUCACAGCACAUCCCGUCAGAUGCAGAUAUUCCAGUAUGCACUUGUGGGGCGAAGAGAAUUUUUGAAUUUCAGGUGAUGCCCCAGCUGCUGAACAGUUUGCAUGUGGAUUCCACAGAGGCCAGUAUCGACUGGGGGACUCUGGCCGUAUACACCUGUUCUGUUAACUGUAACCAUGAGGAACAAUACUGCCUUGAGUACAUUUGGAAGCAAGACUUUAGCACAGAGCAGCAAAUGUAAAUUAAACUAUCAUUGUGAUCAUUUAAGGAUUAUGGUAUUUUCCAACACAGCAAACUGUAUAUAAGUGCAUAUAAAUGACUGUUGCAAACUGAAGACCUCUUGUGUAUUCCUUGUAGCUGGACAUGACUGUAGCACCUGUUGGUCUACUUACUAUGAUUUACUGUUCAGUAUACUGUAUCAAUUCUAAGAUGCCCAUACUGUUUACAGCUUAAUGAUAAGUGAAAAGAUUGUGUACCGUAUCUAUACAUGUUUAACUACAUCUAGUGAAUGUCAAACAAUGUAGUGAGUAAAACAUUGUUACACUGGAAAAAGACUUUCACGAGGCUCGGUAUGUCCAGGUUUAUUGUACAGUGCAUGGGCAAAUUUCAGUUGCAUAUUCUUAAUCAAAGCAUUUCGGAAAAAUGCUAAUGGAAAAUUGGCAUCUAAAAAUUAAAACUGAUGACUGCCAAAAUUUUAAGAGAGGGUGCUGACGUUAAGUGCACGCAAAAUAUUCAAUUGCCACUGUGAGUGUAAAGCUUCCCUAAAUAAGCAGAAGCAGAUACUUUUUUUAUGGGGGUGUCAACCAUUGAAAUAUGAAUUUGUCAAAUUUGGGAUUAAAAAAAACAAACACUUUUAUAUAUACAUAACUCUGAAAAGCAUCAAUCGAGCAACUAUACAUCAUACCCUGAAACAAAAAAAGGACUCAAAGAAAUUACUUCACCUUAUAACCGAGUAGAAAUUGUUUCUGGGAAAAAAAAUUCAAUGUAUAAAACUGAGUUAAAGUGAAUAUUUUCUUUCAGACUUAUAUACAAGGGUUUGGGAAAUUAAAAAAAAAACAUGUAAAUGAUAACUGGCAAAUCAAUGUAAAUAGAUUAAAAAAAAAUCACAACGGCACAACUGUCCUAACAGCAGUUGAAGACUGUUAGGGAUUUAGAAAAAAUGUUGGGGAAGAAGGCUCCAAAGGUUCUACGUUGUCUUGCGGAAACCUUUCAGGAUUGGAUAGAUGUUCUCAAAGGCUUCAUAGAUUUCACCUCUCACCUUAGCACCUUGACAAAAAUGCAGAAAAAGCAAUUUAAUAUAUAUAGUCUAUUGAAAUCACUGACAUAAACAGUGAAAAACUUUUUAAACUACGGUUAUUUCUAAGUCUCCAGAGUAAUGCAAGGCUACGUUCAGAUUAGAUGAGUGCCCAUCCGAGAUUGAAGUACUUAUGAGUAGAUCUUACCUGUUAAC